AUGGAAGUUAUAGAUCUGACCUUGUCUUUGUUACAUAACGACCUUGACGCAUUAUUCGCCCUUGGCCCUCGUGUUUCGUACAAUUCGCGCACCUUUGAGCUGAAUGUCGUGUUAUCGGUCUGCGGGCGUUGCGGUAACACGUUAACAGCUUGCCGCAUUACUUGGACACGGGUGAUCUUGGAACGCCGGAAAAAAGGAAUAUUACAUGGCGAAUGCGCCAUAACUGAGGGUGAUUUACUUUCCUCUAAAGCCAUUGACCAGUUUUCUGCCUUUCUGGACAGCGCAUACAAUUUUUCGGCCUCAUCUUUGUUCAACAUCAACCAAAUAUUUGGCAAAGAUGCGACUGACGAAGAACUUUUUGGGGUGGGUUUCCAUUGCUUUUUCAGAGCAAGAGAUACAUACAUCGCCACACUUUACAACCAGCUACUACGUUGA